AAGUGGUCGAAUAAUUUUUCCCACGAUCAGUCGUCGCAGCUUCGAAAUGCCCUGGACGAGGUCCAGGCCUGGAAACGGGAAACGGAGACGAAGGAUCACAGGAUUUCGGAGUUGGAGCGCGAGAUGAGCGAGCUGGAGAACUUCCUGAUGGACCACUCCGACACGGACGGCAUCCUGGAGCUGAAGGCGAUGGUCCAACACAAGAACUCCAGGAUCGAGGAGCUGGAGGACACAGUGGCCGAGUUCGAGGACUUCCUCAGGCACAAUCCCGACAUGGAGCAGCUGCACGAGAUGAAGUGCGAGCUGAAAGCCAGGGCCAGAAGGAUAGAAGAACUGGAGAGCUACGUGGAAAAGGGCGGAGGAGAAAAGGACUUCGGGAUGAGAAGAGAACGAAUCUUGGAGCUAGAGGGUAUGGUCACGAGACUGGAAGAGUACGUCAAGGAGCACAACGUCGACGUCCUUCAACAGAAACUUCAGGAUCGAGAGGACAGAUUGCAGAAGCUGCAGAGCAGGCUGGAGUUCCUAGAAAAGGAUGCCACGAAGACUCAGAAAGAAGAUGAGGGAGGAAAAGACAGGAUCAGGAAUAGCGACCAGUCGGAGAAGAGAGGGAUCUCGAUGGACCGUCACGAGUCCUGCCAGGAUCAGAGCCAUCAGGAUCCUCCGGAAAAGAGGUUUCGCAAGGAGGACAAAGUCCUGGCGCGGAUGGAAAGAGAAGAAGAGGAGGCGGAAGCCAUCAGGAGGAAGCUGCUGGACCGCGAACAGAAGAUGAAGGAGAUGGAGCACGCGAUGUCGGAGAAGGACAACAGGAUUCAAGAAUACGAGCAACAGAUCGUCGAGUGGCAGGAUAAGCUGACGAGGCUACGCAAAGAGAUGUCCUGUCUAGAGAAGGAGCUGGGAGAGUACGAAGCCGAGGACAUUGGAGUCCUCAAGGAGGAAAUCAGAGUCAGAGAUGAGAGGGUCCUGCAGCUAGAGGAUGAGAUAGAUUCCCUGGAAAGGGCCUUCAGCGAGAGGAUGGAUCUGGAGCAAAUCGAGGAACUGGUCGCCGUGGUCAAGGAUAAGGAGAAUCGGGAACGGGAUCUGGAGAACGAACUGACGGACAAGAGCAACAGGCUGGAAGAGCUCGGAGAGGCUCUCAGAGAAAGCAUAGUGAUCGCCAGCGAAGGGGAGAAGAGACUCAAGCAGGAAGAGGAGAUGAGGAGAACCGCUCUCGACAGGGUCUCGAAACUGGAGCAAAGGAUGGCUUCUCUUCAGACGUCCUUCGCCCUGAAGUGCCCCACCUGCCGACCGCUGCUGACCGAGCUUCAGAGAACCGAGAGGAAGCUGAAGAGACUCGCCGAAGAGAGGAAGACGCAGCUGGAGGACCUCCACGAAAUGAAAAGGGAAGCUCUGGAAGCUGCGGUCUCGGAGAAGGACGCGCACCUGGCCUUGCUGGAGCUUUCAGGCAUCAAAACCGCCGCGCAGGCUAAUCAGGUUGACAAGCUGAAGGCAGACAGGAAAAGGCUGCUGGAGAAGCUGAAGGAAGAGGACGAAAGAAGCAUCGAGCUCUCCGUUGACUGGAUUUCGUCGAACGCGGAAUCAGCGCCUUUCCUCACGAAGAUCCUCGAGCCGGUCGUAGACGUCGACGCCUGCGAUGACGAAGGAGUCGACGAUAUCCAGGACCAAGAGGAAUCUCCCACAGGACCAACCACCAACGGCAGGGCGCACGACCACGGACAAGCAGCGGUGGCGAGGUCGGCUUCGAUGGGCACCUGCUCGACCAGCCCUGAACAAUGAGGACAGAUAAGUACCCUGAAAACGUACGGUAUACACGUUAAAACGUUCCCCCUCGAUGUUGUGCACACCGCAGUCCUAGAACCGUCUCUAGAGCAUCUAGAAGCGUAGAAAAGAAAAGCUCUUCACCUCUGUGUGUUACCCAUCGCUGUCGCGCGACAUGUCAUCCGUCCCAUCAUUCGCAUCAUCACUCCUCAUGAAUCACCCACCAUCAUCCCAUCUCUCCAUGUCGGACGGAUCGUCGAAGAGGGGAGCUGUCUACGUAGAAUGGGGGACGAAGACAGACCAGGAAGGACCCAGGACCCCCAGAAGCAAAUUUGGGGUCCAGACCGACGUCUUCGAGGGCGACCUGGAGAACGACCAGAGGAAGUCCCAUCGAAAAAGCCGACCUUUCUGGCCGAUUUUUCUUGAUAUCGCGGAUUAGGUGCAGGUGAUCGGUCCAACCGGUACCAGAUGGAGUCUAGUUCUUCACGAAGUGUACACCUCGAAGUAGCGAUCGAUAAGGGUUCUCCAGACACGUGGAGACGCAUAUCGUACACUUUCCUCCGCACCUGCGCGUCAGGACAAACUUUCUCAUCGAUUCUUCACCCGGGACCCGGUUGUCCUUUGCAAUGUCCUACCCGUUCACCAGGCUCAUCAAUGGACAAGGUGGUGGGUGUCUUACUCAGUGACACUUUGCGACUUCCCAGCUCGUUAUCAGCGGAGGGAACAUCUGCCGACGUCUUAAGGGUUACGUUCUCCAAGGAGCGUUUGUUAGUUCUAGCCAUUAUACUAGCGUAGCAGUUGUUAGCAGAGGACCUGGCGAACCCGCAGAGCGGCUUCCGCGGUUUUUCUCUGGAGGUGUCUAUCGAAUCAUCCUUGAUUACUUGCUUUAAUUUAUCGACUAAACGCUGAUAAUACGUUCAGUGGGCUCGCCAGGUCCUCGGAAUUCCUGAAUGUCUCGAGAAUCACCUGCAAUCAGCGUGAUGCCAAUCAACUCGCUCGUUACCUCACUUAGCACCGCAGAACACCCCAGAGACCCGGAACCCCGCCGACUCUUGUUUGAUCUGUUUUCUUUCUACGCGGAAACGGGCCGGAAGUGGCGCCGAAUAAAUGGGGAACGGCUGAGAAUCGUAAGAGACGCGGCUAACGCGCUUUUCUGUUGGAUUUCUCGCAAUGGGUCCAAAACGAUCGUCAUUGAUGCACCAAAACGCGAUAAUCUAAGGCGGAACCAGGAGAUUUUGGCCGAAGAUGGGAAGGGGAAUCACUUCGGCCGCGACGAAUGAUUAUUUAAUUUUAAGCAAUACCUUAUCAAUUGUACCCUUAUCAGUGGAGAGUAGGACGAUAGCAGGCAUUCGCGAGCCCGCGGAUGGCGGUCGCAGAAUGGACGAUACGAGAACGAGUAAAGUCGACGAAAUCUAACCUGGACUAAGGUGCUGAAUAGUUUUCAAGAUGACAAUAAUGAUCGUUCGUGGGAGUCUGACGUUGUUGAGGAACUCGGGUAACUUCGGGGGAUUUUGAGGUCGUGGAUGGAAAUUUUUUUUCUACUCGAGAUGACCUCACGGUGAAGGCUAGGAAUGAAAAUGAAAUGGGAAAGUCGUGGGUAAGGUGGAGAAAACAACGAGGGCCCUGGAAUGGGCGAUUUCUCGCGAGAGAAUUUCGGAAGUAAUACGGAGAAGAUUCGUGGAUGAUUAAUUGGGGAUGAUAAGAAGAUGGGAAAUGUCUGGCUAAAUGUUACCCGAGGCUAAUGGAUCUUUUGUAAAUACUUCUUCAGCCCUUGUCAUCCUACGUUGCGAGGAUUUAGCGGGCUUCGAGACCUCCCACCAUUGUCCUCUCUUGUUCUUUGAAUCAUGUCAUAGAUCGGUACAUGACACAAGGAAGGAACGGAAUCUCUCGUUAUGUCAUCUCGAUGACUAGGACAGUGACGAUGGAUUUUGUUUCUUCCAGUGGAUGGCGUCGAGAUUAGAUCGAUUAAGGACCAGAUGUCCUGCGAAGGAAAUAUCAGAAAAAAACGCUUCAGGAGUCAUUUCGAAGCGAUGAGGGGAUUUAAGGCGGAAAUUGAUUGACAAUGAUUGGUCAGCAAGGAAUUGUCGGGGAUCUCGAUGGGAGGAGAGGACCUCGUUAGAUCUUUUUCCAGGAUCGGAUCGGAAUAGGCUAGACGGUUAGUUGGAUCCCAGAGAAGCAGCACGAUAAGCUAUCACUCUGUUUUGAUCUUGCUCUCUUGUAUCGUUGCAUCGAGGCAUGAGUUAAAUAUCUAAAGACAUCCCAAAAAUUCUAGGAGUUCGGCUGCAGACGACGAGGCAUCCUAUCAGUCCGACAUUUUUAAAAACACUUUUUAAAGAAUACCCAAAGAAAAUCUCACUCCCGUCCUCGUGCCUGAAUUCUCGCUCCAAAAUAUUCUUAAGAUCCUUACCCAUAAAUAUCCACGUGCACGAAAAUAAUAAUCGUUCGACUGAGCUAUCUUACAAAUUUUACAAAUAUCCUAAAUAUCUUACUUAAUCUUUACUUAAGAAGACAUGUAAUUUAACCCGAGAAACCAAAUAAAACUGCCACGCUAUGAAAGAAAGUCAAGAUAUCCUUUUUUCAACUGUUAUCAUUUUACAAGGAAUGACAAGGAACAAAAGCAUGUACAAAGCUGGAUCAAUGGACAAAUCCUGUCUGUCGAAUCUCUCCGUGUCGAUUGCUUUUUUUCGCAAAACUGAGUACAAUAAGUCAUUCAAAGCUUAUAACACCAUAAAUACAAAAAAAGAGUCAUCUCAAUUAUGAAUAUUUUCCGAGCCUUUGCAGCCGGUCUCUGGAAUUUUUUUCGAGAUCUUUAGGCUCUGCUCCUCCGGAGCAGACCGCUAUACAUAUACGCAAUAUGUAUAUACAUAUACGAUAUAUAUGUACGCCUGUGAAUAAUCGCGGAUAUAUAGAGGAGGAGUAUAGGGAGAAGCCAGGGCGAUCCGAAGCGAGAAAGAAGAAAACGAAGCGAAUUGAACAUUAGCCGUUAAGGUGUCCGCGCGCGGAUGUGUUUUAGAGGUUCGUUUAGUUGCGCGAUAUAAUAUAUAUAUUAUAUAUAUUA